AUGCCGCCAAAAGUUAGUGGUAAAGCUGUGAAAAAAGCUGGUAAAGCUCAGAAAAAUAUUAGUAAAGCUGAUAAAAAGAAAAAAAGGCGGAGGAAGGAAAGUUACGCUAUUUAUAUUUAUAAAGUACUUAAACAAGUGCAUCCUGACACUGGUAUAUCGAGUAAAGCAAUGAGUAUCAUGAACAGUUUUGUGAAUGAUGUAUUUGAACGCAUUGCUGCAGAAGCAUCAAGAUUGGCGCAUUAUAAUAAACGUUCUACUAUUACUUCUCGUGAAAUUCAAACUGCCGUAAGACUUUUAUUACCUGGUGAAUUAGCCAAGCAUGCAGUUAGUGAAGGUACUAAAGCAGUUACCAAAUAUACCAGUUCUAAAUAAGAAGAAAUAAUAUCCUAUAAAAACGGUUCUUUUUAGGACCAAAAAACUUUAAAUGUUGGAACUUCUUUCAAUUUUAAUUAUAAAAAAAUAAUUGACUGCCAUGUAAUAUAGUAUAUAACAAAUUCUGUUUUAAA